GGCAAAGAACCUAGCAAAGGAAAGGAGCAAUCAGUAGCCGCGAAGCAGGAAGAAGAAGAGGUAGAAUGGGAAUCCGAUCGAUAUUCGACGGCGGUGAGAUGAGAACGGAAUUCGAGAAAAUCGGUAUCGACUCGAAGUUCAUUCCAAUUAUUUGGAAGCAUCUGCAUCUGCAUCUGAAUCUGAAUCUCAAUCUCAAUCUCAACGGUGAAGGUGAAUGGGAACGCCAUGUCCCUUCUCUGCCUUCUUCUGCGUACCAAUUCCUUCGUUCCAACUUCCCAAACCCUCUCUCUUCCUCUCUCCACUCUGUUUUCCACUCCGCUGAUAAUCUCACCACCAAGCUCCUCAUCAAGCUCCAUAAUGGAGCUUUUGUGGAGGCUGUGAUCAUGAGGUAUGACACACGUUUGGGGAAAUAUGGUGGUAAACCCCGUCCUGGUGGUCUAAGAGCAACUUUGUGUAUAUCAUCUCAGGUUGGAUGUAAGAUGGGUUGCAAGUUCUGUGCAACUGGAAGUAUGGGAUUCAAAAAUAACUUAUCCUCAGGAGAAAUUGUUGAACAGUUGGUUCAUGCCUCUACUUUUGCACAAAUUCGUAAUGUUGUUUUCAUGGGAAUGGGAGAACCUCUUAACAACUAUUCUGCUGUUGUACAAGCUGUUCGAAUCAUGACUGGAUCCCCUUUUCAAUUGUCAUUCAAAAGGAUUACCAUCUCAACAGUCGGCAUCAUUCAUUCUAUCAAGAGGCUUCAUAAUGAUCUGCCUGGUUUGAACUUGGCAGUCUCACUGCAUGCACCAGCCCAAGACAUUCGUUGCCAGAUAAUGCCCGCUGCUCGUGCUUUCCCUUUGGAAAAACUUAUGGAUUCUCUCCAAGAAUAUCAAACCAAAAGUCUGCACAAGAUAUUAAUUGAAUACAUAAUGCUUGAUGGGGUGAAUGAUGAAGAGCAGCAUGCCCACCAAUUAGGAAAACUGCUACAGACAUUUCAAGUGGUAGUGAACUUGAUACCCUUCAACUCUAUUGGCAUCUUGAGUGAAUUCAAACCUUCGAGUGAGCAGAAAGUCUCAAAAUUUCAGAAAAUUCUUAGAGGUAGCUAUAAUAUUCGAACAACAGUUCGGAAGCAGAUGGGUGAGGACAUAAGUGGUGCAUGUGGACAAUUAGUUGUUAACUUACCUGACAAGUCUCUUGGAAAUCAAGAUCCCCUAACGGACAUAGAAGACCUUGUUAUUUGAUAUCAAUAUAGGUUCAAUUUAAUUCUUAGGCUGUUAUUUUCGAUUUGCUUCCUUCUUCAUGUAUUGUAUUGUGUUAAGUUUAAAUCUAUAGAAACUAGUAUCAGAAUUCAGAAGUGAAGGUGCACUGGGUGAACCGGUGAAGCCCCACGAAAUUUCUUCCUUUGACUGUGCUAUGCUUUUCUGUCCUUUAAAAUUUUUAUACUGCCAUUAACAUACACAA